AUGUCAGCCCAAGAAGAAUUCGACCAGCUGGUGCAGAACAAUCGUGCCCAUACCUCGUCCCACCCUGAAGACCGUGACGACUCCCCGCACUUCUCCGACGACAACGACUCCCUCUCCUCCCCACCACGCAACCUGCGCCAACGUCGCGUGAUUGACUCCUCGGACGAAGACGAGGAUUUCGACGACAACAUGGUUUCCUCUCGUGGCAAUUACCACGUUCCCAACACCGUUUUCGAAGCCAACACUGGUCCCAAGGGUGUCAUUGCCGAUGCCCAGGCUUUUGAGCGCGCCCGCAAGAAGUCCUUCCGCAAGACCCUCCUCAGUGCCGCGGGUUUCGACUCCAAUGGCCCUGCCUUUAACAAGGGAACUCGGGAUGAGCCACCAGCUCCCGCACCUGAGGGUUCCUCUGGCAGUGAAGAUGAUGAGGAGCGGUUUAUGCGCAAGUGGCGCGCCUCGCGUAUGCAGGAUUAUCAGAACCGCGGCAUGCGGCGUCCCUCCCCACGUGGGCGAAGCUUCGGAUCUGUAGACACUGUUGAUGCGGCGGGGUAUCUCGAUGCUAUUGAGAAGGUUACCUCGGAUACUGUCGUUGUCGUGUGCAUUUAUGAUCCUCACUCCAAUGACAGUGCUAUUGUCGAGGAGUGCCUCGUCACCAUUGCUCGCAGACAACCUACCACCCGUUUUGUCAAGCUGCAUCAUGAGAUUGCCGAGAUGAAUCACAUUACAGCUCCUGCGCUACUGGCCUACCGUGGUGGUGAAGUCUUUACCACAAUCACCGAUAUCAUUCGGAACAUUCCUAAGGGCCGUAGCUGUAGUGCUGAUAGUCUGGAGGACCUGUUGAAGUUGAACCGCGUGGUUUGA